CGCGCUCGGGUGCUAACGCUGCCUCCGCCCGCAGGUGCCCCCGAGGAUGGUGGCGCGGCCCUAGGCCCAGGCCCCGCACCAUGACCUGCUGGCUGUGCGUCCUGAGCCUGCAGCUCCUGCUCCUGCGCGCGGCCCCGCCCCCGGCGGGCGGCUGCCCGGCCCGCUGCGAGUGCACGGCGCCCACGCGCGCGGUGGCCUGUCCCCGGCGCCGCCUGACCGCCGUGCCCGACGGCAUCCCGGCCGAGACGCGCGUGCUGGAGCUCAGCCGCAACCGCAUCCGCUGCCUGAACCCGGGCGACCUGGCGGCGCUGCCGCAGCUGGAGGAGCUGGACCUGAGCGAGAACGUGAUCGCGCACGUGGAGCCGGGCGCCUUCGCCAACCUGCCGCGCCUGCGCGUGCUGCGCCUGCGCGGCAACCUGCUGAAGCUCAUCCCGCCCGGGGUCUUCACGCGCCUGGGCAACCUCACGAUGCUGGACCUGAGCGAGAACAAGCUCGUCAUCCUCCUGGAUUACGCCUUCCAGGACCUGCGCCGCCUGCGCCGCCUGGAGGUGGGCGACAACGACCUGGUGUUCAUCUCGCGCCGCGCCUUCGCGGGGCUGCUGGCGCUCGAGGAGCUGACCCUGGAGCGGUGCAACCUCACGGCGCUGUCCGCGGAGUCGCUGGGCCACCUGCGCGGCCUGGGCGCGCUGCGCCUGCGGCACCUGGCCAUCGCCGCCCUGGAGGACCAGAACUUUCGGCGGCUCCCGGGGCUGCUGCACCUGGAGAUCGACAACUGGCCGCUGCUGGAGGAGGUGGGCGCCGGCAGCCUGCAGGGCCUCAACCUGACCUCGCUGUCCGUCACCCACACCAACAUCACCGCCGUGCCGGCCGCCGCGCUGCGCCACCAGGCGCACCUCACCUGCCUCAACCUGUCGCACAACCCCAUCAGCACCGUGCCGCGCGGUUCCUUCCGCGACCUGGUGCGCCUGCGCGAGCUGCACCUGGCCGGGGCCCUGCUGGCCGUGGUGGAGCCGCAGGCCUUCCUGGGGCUGCGGCAGAUCCGCCUGCUCAACCUCUCCAACAACCUGCUCUCCACGCUGGAGGAGAGCACGUUCCACUCGGUCAACACGCUGGAGACGCUGCGCGUGGACGGGAACCCGCUGGCCUGCGACUGUCGCCUGCUCUGGAUCGUGCAGCGCCGCAAGACCCUCAACUUCGACGGGCGGCUGCCGGCCUGCGCCACCCCCGCCGAGGUGCGCGGCGACGCGCUGCGCAACCUGCCCGACUCGGUGCUCUUCGAGUACUUCGUGUGCCGCAAGCCCAAGAUCCGCGAGCGGCGGCUGCAGCACGUCACGGCCGCCGCGGGCCAGGCCGUGCGCUUCCAGUGCCGGCGCGCGCGCGUGCUGCCCGGGGGCACGCUGGCCAUCCAGGACGCGCGGCCGCAGGACAGCGGCACCUACACGUGCGUGGCCAGCAACGCGGGCGGCAAUGACAGCUACUUCGCCACGCUGACCGUGCAGCCCGAGCCGGCCGCCAACCGGACCCCGGGCGAGGGCCGCAACGACACGCAGGCGGCCGCGCGCUUCCCGCUGGACCUCACCACCAUCCUGGUGUCCACCGCCAUGGGGUGCAUCACCUUCCUGGGCGUCGUCCUCUUCUGUUUCCUGCUGCUCUUCGUGUGGAGCCGCGGCCGCGGGCAGCACAAGAACAACUUCUCCGUGGAGUACUCCUUCCGCAAGGUGGACGGGCCGGCCGCCGCCACCGGCCAGGGCGGCGCCCGCAAGUUCAACAUGAAGAUGAUCUGAGGGCCCCGGGGGCCCACCUCCCACUGCCCUCGCCCUGCUG